UUACAGUUUUUCGUAGAACUUAUUUAACAACUAUUCAUUUCUGUUGCUAUUCUGUUUAGUCAUUCCACUCGUUAAAUCGUUAUAAACUAUUAAUAAUAUUCUUACGUUACUCGUAGUUGUUACUGAUCUUCCAAGUUAUUUUGGUUUUCACAGCAUUUGGUUGUUCACCGUUGUUUUUCGAAACUCGAUCACCAUGGCGUCGUCUCGUCCGAAAAAAUUCAAUUCGUCGUUCGUUAAAAAGUUUAACUUCAAAGACAAUCGUUUUAAACUUCAGCCGGACAGGAAAGGGUUUUUAUGCACAUGCAGUUUUGGAGAAAAAGACUGUCAGAAAGAAGCGAUUAAUCUGUUAAGGGAAUAUAGCGAAGAGAAAGACAAUCUAUUAGAAGAUAACACUGGCACUGUAGAAGAAUCUACGGAUAUAAUGGACUCUAUGGAUAAUGAACUACAAAAUUUAUCCAACAAGGAUAAUUCAGAUUGGAAAAAGUUCACUCCAUUGGCUACCGGAGUUGGAAACUGUUUGUUUAUUGGUACCACUAUUGAAGAUCCAUGUGAACUUAUGUACAAGAUACUUGAGGAUAUAGAAAAUACUAAAGUACAGAAGACUAAAUUUCUUUUGCGCAUGAUUCCAAUCUCUAUUACUUGCAAAGCCAAUCUCCAAUCCAUUACAACAGCUUUUAUAGAUUUAUUUGCUAAGCAUUUUUCUUCCGAACCAACAACAUUUGCAAUUAUGUUCAACCACAGAUAUAAUAAUUCUGUAAAACGUGAUCAAAUCAUUAAUGAAUUGGCUAACCAAGUGGCUAGUUUAGGAGAGCAUUCUGUGGAUCUAUCUGGUGGAGCUAAAAAAACUAUUAUUGUUGAAGUGGUUAAAUCAGUAUGCUGUUUGUCUGUUGUUGAAAAUUAUAGGCGCUUUUGUAAGUUCAAUCUACUCUCUGUCUGUGGUCGACCUGAAAAAAGAACAGCAGAAGGUGAAAAUGGCGAUUCUGAAAGCAGUGGUUCCUCCCCAAAGGUUAAAAAACAAGAAGAUGAACAAGUAAAUACUGAAGAAACAGAAAAAGAACAUUGUGAAUCUAUUGAAAGAGAAAAAGAAAUACCUGAUAAUUAAAUUUUUUUUUUUUACUGUUUUUUUAUUUAAUGUAAGUUAUUAAA